AUGCCUCGCGUGCCGCGUCCGUCCGCAACUCCUAUCCUUCCUUCUAAAGACUACGCGUCCGCGUCGCACGCGACGAGACAAUUGCAGCAAGAGCAGGAGGACAGGCAGGAGCAGCAUGUCCGACACGCCAAACAGCAACGGAGAAGAUCCCUAGAUCAGCAGCGAACGAACAAUGAGCUGCGAACACCGGCGCAAAGGGAAGCGCGGUACCGAACGAAUCAGACAUAUCAAUGGCGGCUGGAUCCUCAGCCAAGUCCGUUGACCGAACCUUUACUGGGUGGAACGAGUCAAGCGGGAAUAGCGAUCUCCGAAGGCGCGAACUCUCGUUCCGGUCCGCAGAUUACCUCGUCAUCGCUAUCGCCUAUUCGAUGGAUUUUACCUGGUUUUGUGAGUUUCCGCUCACAAGGCGGCUUGAGCGGGCCCGCCCAAGCCUCUGUGGUCCCGCCUUCUUCCGCGCAAGCAUGCGCGCCAGAUUCCCCUCCCCUUCCCCCGUCUCCCCUGCUUGCGCCGAGUUCCGCCCCCGCCUCCCCUCCCCCGCGCCCAAUUGCCUCCCUCGCGGAAUCUUCGUCUCUCGCCGCUGCAGCGGCGGGGCUUGCGCUGAGCGGAGAAACCAGCCUCGAGAGAUUAGAGACGGGAGGCGCAGCGGGGGGAGGAGAAAAGCAAUACACAAGCGGCGGGCGGGAGUGGCGGAGCGCGGGGAAAGGGGCGAAGGGGGUGGUUGCUGGUCGCGGAACCGCGGCGGGGGAAGGUGAGGCUGGAGGCGGAGGGGAAGACGAAAGCGGAAAUGCGAUCGCACGUAGAUUAGAGUGGUCGUUACCAGUGUGUAAGGGGAGCGGGGCGGCGAGAGUGAGCGACGAGUGCGAACAGGGCGGCGGGAAGGAGAGAAAUCGGAAAAAAGACGGUCAGAGGCGGCCGAUUCUUAGAUGGAUUUGGCGAUCGGCGAGUGUUUCGAGCGAAGACAGAGAGGGGAGCGCGGAGAGAGAAGAGGGAGAGGACGAGGAGAGCGACGAGGGGAGCAGCGGGAGUGACGACGAGAGUGACGAGGAGGAGGAGCGGGAAGGAGACGCGGGGGAGGGAGUGCGGGAAGCAGCAUCGAAGGCUGUAGGGGCGGUUGUCAUCGCAAGGCGGGCGGGCAGGGGCAGGAGUAGAGCGAGAACAAGUGGGCUGUGGCGCAAAGAGGCGAUGGUCGCAGAGGCCAAGCUACAAGUCACCAUGGCAUGGCCAAUGAUGGCGGCCAAUCUCCUGCAGAACCUCAUGACGCUCAUUCCGCUCGCUUUCGUCGGUCGUCUCGGCCCUCUCCCGCUCGCCGCCGCGUCCAUCGCCACGUCCUUCGCCAACGUCACGGGCCACAUCCUGCUCCAAGGUCUGGCGAGCGGGCUGGAAACCCUGUGCGGGCAGGCGUUCGGGGCGGGGUGUCCGCUGCAGCUGGGGCUGCACCUGCAGCGCGCGCUGCUGUGCAUGACGCUCGUGGCCACGCCCGUGGGCGUGCUCUGGUGGUUCACGGAGCCGCUGCUGCUGCUGCUGCACCAGUCCCCGGACAUCGCUGCUCUGGGCGCUGUGUACAUCCGCUGGCUGCUGCCGAGCCUCGCUGCUGCUGUUGGCAUGCAGUGUCUGGAAAGAUACCUGCAAGCCCAGUCCGUAACCUUCCCCAUGGCUGCCUGCGCGCUCGCAGCAGUACUCGUGCAGUUCCCUCUCACCUUCCUCCUCGUACACACGCUCCACUGGGGCCUACCAGGGGCCGCCAUAGCCGUCUCGCUGGCCUAUCUGCUGGAUCUGGUGUUGCUGCUGGUCUACGUUCGCUAUACUGGUGUGGCCAGGGCCGCGUGGGGCGGGUAUAGUAUGGAGGCGUUUUGUGGGUGGGAGCCGUUCCUGCAGCUCGCCCUGCCCUCUGCUGUCAUGCUGUGCCUUGAAUAUUGGAGCUUCGAUAUAGUCACACUUCUGGCCGGCCUAUUGCCUAACCCCGACAUCCAAGUAGCCGGCCUUUCUGUUGUUCUGAACACGUCAGUGAUGGCGUUUGUGCUGCCAUACGGCUUUGGUGUGGCUGUCAGCACGCGCGUGGCCAAUGAGUUGGGGGCAGGAGAUGAGAUUGCCGCCCAGCGAGCCGCCACAGUGGGGGUGCUGUGGGCGCUUUUCGAGGCCACGCUUGUGUCCUCGGCUCUGCUCACUGUCCGCUCCUCCUGGGGCUGUGUGUUCAGCACAUCCCCUGAAGUUGUCGCCUUCGUUGCUGCCAUCAUGCCUCUGCUUGUCGCAUCUGUCGUCACUGAUGCGGUCAAUGCUGUUUUGUCAGGCAUUGUCCGUGGAUCAGGCUAUCAGCAAGUGGCUCUUGUUGCCAAUCUUGCAGCGUAUUACCUCGUCGGACUCCCGCUUGCGGCCCUACUUGCCUUCCACCUCAAGUUGGGAAGUGUGGGUCUGUGGUCAGGGCUGACAAUUGGCACAUGCGUGCAGCUAAUCAGCAUUGCAGUUAUCAUGGCAAGAAUGGACUGGUCACAAGCGGUUGAUGUUGCUCGAGAACGUGUGGAGUCAUCCAUGUCCAUGGACGACAAGGUUGCAUAUCAUAAAAACAACAGCAAUGACUCAAUGGGUCUUGGAAGCAGCUUAGGUAGCAGCUUGAGUUGCUCCAACAACCAGGACAGCGUGGUCAUAACCGCCAAGGAGGCCCAUUCCUCUCAGGAUGAUUUAGAUGCCAUGCACAUUUUGUGCUGA